UUUCCUAUUCCCCUCCAUUUCCUCUCCUCCACAGCUCCACUCCCCAAAAACACCCACGCUUUCACACACACUCAAUUCAUCCACCCAACCGAAAAUCCAACCCAAAAGGAAAAAAAAAACCACCAAAAACAGAAGCGAAAAUGAGAGAAAUCCUUCACAUUCAGGGCGGCCAAUGCGGCAACCAGAUCGGAGCCAAGUUCUGGGAGGUCAUUUGCGACGAGCACGGCAUUGACCACACUGGAAAGUACUCCGGCGACUCAGAUCUUCAAUUGGAGCGCAUCAAUGUCUACUACAACGAAGCCAGCGGCGGAAGAUAUGUUCCCCGGGCUGUUCUCAUGGACCUUGAGCCCGGUACCAUGGAUUCUGUCAGGUCCGGCCCUUAUGGUCAGAUCUUCCGCCCGGAUAACUUUGUUUUUGGACAAUCCGGUGCUGGGAAUAAUUGGGCUAAAGGGCAUUAUACUGAGGGUGCUGAGCUGAUUGAUGCUGUUCUUGACGUUGUUAGGAAAGAAGCUGAGAAUUGUGAUUGUUUGCAAGGAUUUCAAGUGUGUCAUUCAUUGGGUGGAGGUACUGGAUCUGGUAUGGGCACACUUCUCAUUUCAAAGAUCAGGGAGGAGUAUCCAGACCGCAUGAUGUUGACGUUUUCUGUCUUUCCUUCUCCUAAAGUAUCUGAUACUGUGGUUGAGCCAUACAAUGCUACACUGUCUGUCCAUCAACUUGUUGAGAAUGCAGAUGAAUGCAUGGUUUUGGAUAACGAGGCUCUAUAUGACAUCUGUUUCCGUACUCUCAAGCUGGCUACUCCUACUUUUGGUGAUCUCAACCACCUCAUUUCUGCUACCAUGAGUGGUGUCACAUGUUGUCUUCGCUUCCCUGGACAGUUGAACUCUGACCUGCGUAAGCUUGCCGUUAACCUUAUCCCAUUCCCACGACUCCAUUUCUUCAUGGUGGGCUUUGCACCUUUAACAUCCAGGGGUUCCCAGCAAUACCGUGCUCUCACUGUCCCUGAGCUGACACAACAGAUGUGGGAUGCAAAGAACAUGAUGUGUGCUGCUGACCCACGUCAUGGUCGGUACUUAACUGCUUCAGCCAUGUUCCGUGGCAAGAUGAGUACCAAAGAGGUUGACGAACAGAUGAUCAACGUCCAGAACAAGAAUUCAUCUUACUUCGUUGAAUGGAUUCCCAACAAUGUCAAGUCUAGCGUAUGCGAUAUCCCACCCAAGGGUCUGAAAAUGGCAUCUACUUUCAUUGGCAAUUCAACUUCCAUCCAGGAAAUGUUCAGGCGUGUAAGUGAGCAAUUCACAGCUAUGUUUAGGCGCAAGGCUUUCUUGCACUGGUAUACUGGUGAAGGAAUGGAUGAAAUGGAGUUUACCGAGGCUGAGAGCAACAUGAAUGAUCUGGUAGCUGAAUACCAGCAAUACCAGGAUGCCACUGCUGAUGAUGAGGAAUAUGAAGAGGAGGAGGAAGAAGUAGGAGCAACAGCAUGAGGCAUCUUUCUCAUUUCAUCAGUUUGCUGGAGGGUUAUGGUCUGUUUGGUUUCUUUAAGUGGGUGAUGGUGUUUGUCAUCAAGGGAUCAAUUAGAUUGAUGUACUAAGUAGUAUGGUGUAUGCUAUGAUUUGUGUUGUAUUUGAGUUGGGUUUAUUACUCUGGUAUUAAAUGUGAAUCAUGUGUAAUUUGAACUUGUAUAUUCGUUGUUUGUGUUAUAGCUUUUGGCUUUUAA